AUGACUUCUACGACACAUGAAAGAAGAUGUGGAGAAAAGGAUUCCUCAACAGAAGAGACGAUUGUGUGGGUAGAGCUGACGCGCGAGCAACGAAUUUAUUAUCGUGCUGUGUAUGAGAACAAUGUUGGGACAUUGUUAAAAGGUUCUACAAGCAGCGAUGUGUCAAGUCUUCGAAAUGUGGCAAUGGAGCUGCGGAAAGUCUGUAACCAUCCCUUCUUAUGUGACGGCUUUAAGGAAGACUAUGCAUCCAAGCAUGGUGCAUCUAGGAGGAUGUGUGGCAAGGAUGGGAAGAACGUCAUUUCCACUCAGAAUCCCUUGCAAGAAGCUUCAGGGAAGAUGAUCCUCGUGGAUAAACUUUUGCCAAUGUUGAAGGGGAUGGGCCGGCGUGUGCUAAUAUUUUCGAAGUUCACGAUGAUGCUCGAUCUUCUAGAGGACUAUCUUCUGUCUAAGGCCUAUACUUAUGAGAGGAUAGACGGGAACAUUCGAGGGUCUGACCGUCAGGCAGCAAUUGAUCGCUAUUCUGCGACGAAAAGCUUAGAUGAGGCUAUACUUGGGAAUCGAGUUGGCGCAGAUGUAGACGUUGAAAUGAAUAGGAAUAUCGAGAGCCUGCUCAAGCAUGGUGCUUAUGACAUCUUGAAGGAUGACUCGGAUGCAGCUGCUGCAGAGUUUAGUGCUCAAAAUAUUCAUGAGAUUUUGGAACCUCGAACGCAGGAACGACUCAUCGGGGGACGUGGUGCGAAUACAUUCUCUGUCGCGACGAAUACAGAAAGGGAUCCAGAGCCUGCGGAGGAACUCAAGCCUGAACUGGAGAAAGGAAGCAAAGAAUUUUGGAAAGACUUGUUAUCCGAUGCCUGUAAAGCUUCCGAAGUUCCUGUAGAGAAAGUUCAAACCACACCAGCUGGAUCUUGA